AUGAACGACAGUCAAGAUGAUGAUAUCAUCUUUGAAGAAGUGAUCAUUGAACAAGAACAAGAACAAGAUCAUAACAACACAACAAAUGAAAAUGAUAAAGAUGAUGGCGAUGAUCAAUCAUACGAUGAUAUAGAAUGGGAUCAAGUUGGAGGAGGAGAAGAUAACAAUAAUAAUGGUGUUAAUGUGAAUAUAGAAUUUGGUCAAGACGGGGAAACACAAGAAUUGGAUAGCGACAAUCCAUUUGGAGAGAAUAUUGGUUUAUCUACUACUUCUACUACGACAUCUACUACUUCAACUAAUCAAUCAAGUUUAUCACCCAAUAUAUCAUCUAAUAAUAUGGACUUGGAUGAUGGUUUAAUGGAUAUUUCAAUUGAAAUUGAUACAACAAAGAAAAAGAGAGCAAGUUCAAAUCAAGUUAGAUAUUCAAAACAUCAAAAACUAAAGAUUAUGAAUCUACACAAAUCAGUAUUAUUAUGUUUUAUUCUAAACUUUAAACAUACUCUUACUACACUCGAAGAUGAUAUGAUAAAAUCAUUGGUUUUUUCAUCCAUUCCACAAGAUAUCUAUCAAUUGGUUGAUUCAUUUCAAUCACAACAGCAACAACAAAAAGAGAAUGGAUCAAGAAAAAAGAAAACAAACACUACUGUCAACUUUAACGAAAUGAUUAGUGAUACAAUUCAAUGGUUUAGAAAACAAUAUAAAUUAGAUCAACAAUUGGAUAAAUUAUCAAAAAAUGAUCCAAAUAAUAAUAAUAAUAAUAAUAAUAACAAAAAGAAAGAAGUUAUAGAUGUUGAUAAUGAUAUUUGUCAAUUAAUUGGAUUAACAUGUAGAAUGGUUACUUUUAUUAAUCCACCACUUGCAACACCUGAAACACCAACCAAACAAAAAAAAUUACAAUCAUCUCUAUCACCAACUUUAAAAAGAUCAACUUCUGCACCAGAAAAGAUUAAAAAAAAACAAUCCCCAAAGAAAUCUUCUUCCCCAAAGAAACAACAGGAAGAGGAAGAGGAAUCAGAUUUAUCAGAAUCAGAUAUUGAAAGUGAUUAUACACCACCUUUAAAAGUAACCUCUAGACAAAAAGCAAUUCAAAGAUCAAAAUCAGCUCCAACCAUUUCACCAAAAAAGAAAUUGAUAAAGAAAAGAAAAAGUAUUACUGUUGAUGAUUCUAGUAGUAGUGACAAAAGUGAUAAAAAAAAGGAUGAAAAAAAGAAUAAUAAUAAUAAUCCUAUAACAGUUGAAGUAGAAGAAUCAGAUUUAAAAAUAGUUGGUUAUUGGAUUGAAAUAUUGGAUAUAAAUCAAAACAAAUGGAUAUCGGUUGAUAUAAUUAAUAAUAGAAUAGAUCAGCCCCAAUUGAUGGAACCACAGAACUGUCCGUUUGGUUAUGUAGUAUCUUUUAAUAAUAAUCAAUUUAAAGAUAUUACAUCAAAAUAUACAAACAAUGUGGUUGUAUCACAUAUCAAAAGACUACCAAAUGCUCAACUAUCUUGGUGGACUGAUUUAUUGGAAAAACAAGAAACCAAAGACAACGAUAAAAAGAAUAAUACCAAUAUGAAUAUUCAAGACAAUGCAGAUAAAUUUGAUCAACAAUUAAUUAGAGACAAAGAAAUCAAAUCUGAAAACUUUCCAACUAGUUUUUCUGCUUUUAAAUCUCAUCCUUUAUAUAUAUUAGAAAAAGAUAUACCAAAAUAUUCAAGUUUAGAACCAAAUGCAAAAUCAAUUGGUAAAUUUAAAGAUAGUUUUAUAUAUCAUCGGUCAUCGGUAAAGGUAUUACAUGUACCAGAUAAAUGGAUUCAAGCAGGUAGAAUGAUUAUGGAAGGUGAACAACCAGUUAAAGUGGUAAAGGGUAAAUCUGGAUCUUCACCUACUGCCAUGUUGUUUGGAGAAUGGCAAACCAUGGUUUAUCAACAACCAAUCAUUAAAAAUGGAUUGGUGCCAACAAACUCUUUUGGCAAUGUUUAUCUAUUCAAACCUGAAAUGAUACCAAUUGGUGGCGUUCAUCUAAAGAUGGGUGGUCUAAUGCGUAUUGCUCGUAAACUAAAUAUAUCGGUUGGUCCAGCCUUGGUUGGAUGGGAGAAUUGGGGUAGAAGACCUCACCCAAAGAUUGAAGGUGUCGUCGUGGCAAAGGAAAAUGCAAAGACAUUGACUGAAGCUUGGAUACAAGAUCAACAAAUUCGAAAUGAAAAAGAAGAAAAGAAACAAAGAGAAGAAAUCAUAGCGAGAUGGAGAAGAUUUACAAAAGGUCUAUUGAUAGGCACCUAUGUCGAAAAUACCUAUGGUAGUGGUGCAAUUGAUAAUACUAGUACUUCAAAAUUAUUUGCAGAUGAUGAUGAAAAUAAUCCUUUUAAAGAAGAAACAACUUCAACUAAAUAA